ACAAUUUCACUAAAUAUAUAGAAAAUGUAAAAAAUAAAAUUAGCAUUUAUUAAUUUACUGUUCAAGGUCCAGUGUGUUGGAUUUAGUGACCUCUAGCAGUGAGUCACAACUCCCUCACUUCACCCUCCCCUUCCAAGCGCAAGGAGAAACUACAGUGGUCUCAAAACGUGACCUUCCCUAUCUAUAGCAGCCUCCAUAGAAGAGGACCCACUCCCUCUGUCCAUUAAAAACAGCUCAUUCUAAGUCAACCUCUCAAGUGAUUAUUCACAAAUGAAAACAUACCUAUGUAUAUUAUGUUUCUGACAAUAGAUCCUCCUAAAUGUUACACACUGGACCUUUACAUUAAAUUAGCUGGGUCUAUAUUAUCACAGAUUAUCAGUCAGUACAAUAGUGUCAUGGGUAACAAAUGCCACUUCAGAAGUACUAAGAUAUGUUUGGGAUGAUUUAGAAACAGUGUCACCAUAUCAGAUUGUUCACCAGAGAGCACUGACAAGUUUAUUUUUACACAAAAAUCUCCUGCUCACUUUAAAACCCUUGACAAAUGUAUGUCUUUAUACAUAUACAGUCCAAUAAUCAUAUUCUUUGCCUUUAAUGCAUGUCUGGAGAAGAUAUGUUUGUUGUGCCAAAAAAGUAUUUCCAAACUCUUAAGGUAUCUACUCCUAAUCUAGAAUCAAUAAAUGUGCAAAUGUUGUUACUUUUUUCCUGCUGUGUCAUCCCCACUUGUUUUACUUAUAGUCAUGCAUCACUCAUGUAGGCCGGGUUCAUUCCACUGAUACAGAACAAAUACACCAGCAGGUGGCGUCUGCUCUGCUAACUGCUACAGUAAGAAAAAUUUAAAUGAAAGUGAAUGCAGUUGAAGUACAUUUGAAUUUAAAGCUGCAGUAGGUAACUUCAAUCAAAAUGUCAUUAUUGUUGAAACUUUCACUAUAUCCUGACAGUAGUACAUGAGACAGAUAAUCUGUGAAACAAUCAGGUUCCUCUGGCUCCUCCUAGUGCUGCUGAUGGUAUUUGCAAGAAUCCACCGAGCCUGAAUGAAAACCAAUCCGAGCUGAGAAAGGUUGUUGAUUGUUGGGUCCCAGGUUGUCAAACACAGACGCUUUGGGUUGGUGCCUUAAACAUAGUUGAUUGUUGUGUCCCCAAAGUACAUAUACUCAAACACUGUACCUUUACACUAUUUAUACUUUACCUCAAACAGAAGUAUGUCCAUACUACUUUAUACUUGGAAACAUUUUACUUUUUACUCCACAGCUGUAGUUACCAGUUAGAUACAGUACUGAGAUUUUACCUUAAGAAACACAAACAUGAAUUACGCAUAUAAAAUACACAACCUUUUAGGCUUGAGACCCUUUAAAAAAAUCUGUCUGGUUGGGGUUUAGCAGCAGCCUCCAUGGUUGGCAAAUUAAGUUAAAAUGGAUGUUGUGAACUUACCUUUUUAUAGCUUCAAAUAACUAAAACCAAACAGAUUAGAAAAUUGAACACUUGAACAUACAUCAGCAUGAUAAGAACUACAUAAAAUGACAGAAACCAUCUUUGGGGAAAUAAUAUGUGACGUGUAUGUGUGAUUUUUUAGUUUGGACCAUGUCCCAUCUGCUAACAUGGCAGCAGCAGGCUUUAUAGCCAGCCACCAGCAGAGAUGCUCUCAUGUCAUCCAUAUUUAAUUCUGUCGAUGCAGAACUUCUCUCAACCCCUCAGGUUGGGAACCAUAGGACUAAACUGUACAUAAAGUAAAGCUCCACCUUGACAGUAUAAUGCAACUUACACAGUGAUGAAUCAGUAUUAACAGCCAUAUAUAAUAAUAUAUCAGUCACAGGAGCAGGUUGAGUACUUCUACUUUUGAUACUUAAAGUAGGAUUGUGAACACAGCAUUUUAAAUUGUAGUAGAAUAUUUUUGCUAUAAUGGAUCUCUGUUCAUUAUGUCUUUUUCUCAAAUAGUACAAUUUUAUUCUCUAUCUACCUUUUAUUAUAUUAGAAUAUGACUAAUCCUCGUGCAGGUGGAUUAGUGGGAUGCUGGGACUCUGGAUGGUGGGUGAGCUCAGUGCAGUGGGUGUGGCUUUGGUGAGAGCAGUUGUCCAGCAGCAGUCCGGCCGUGGUCGCCGUCCGUCCAACAGAGACACACAGAAAGGCAGAAGUGUGGCCAUGCUCUCCAACAUAUCAACCAUGGACCCUUCCUCCCAGGAUGGGGAGGACACCAAAGCCUCCACCCCUCUCAACCCUCUCCAGGAUGAGGAAUUACCUCGCUGUGAGAGCGGUCAGGCUCCAUCCUGUUGGCUCCUCUUCUUUAAACCCAUCCUGGUCAUCAGUGUCGGAAUGCUGCUGUUUGGAUCAGGCACCACCCUGUCCCUGCUCUACUUUUCCCGGGUGGGCAAUGUCCCCUACCUGCUGGGGCCGUUGUUCCUCUCUGUGGGUCUUAUGUUCCUGGUCACCGGCCUGGUCUGGAUCCCGGUGCUCAAACAGAGCCUGGAGCACAAGGCACUUACCAAGGUCCACCAUGGGAAGGGGCUCCAAGUAGGUGACUGAUGGGGUAGACUGGAACCACUGGGACCCAGGACCAAAUGCUUUUAAACCACAAAGUAGAAGUACAGGUGUGUGACAGAUGCUUUAGGACAGAUUUUUUUAUAUAAAUGAGCACAUAGGUUCGUAGAAGCCAGAGCUUUUGGAGUUUAACCCAAAGGUUAAACUUUUGGGUGGAUGUUUUUUAUUGUUAUAUUAUUGUUUCCUUUUAUGAUUAUUGGUAUGAAUUUGGACUUACCAUUUCAUCCAUACGUAUGUAUAUGUGUAUUCAUUAUUUUUAUUUUUAAUGUUGUUUUGUUGUGUUUAUUUGACUAAUCCAUCUCAGGGUCACCACCAGACCCUUACAGAGCGCAACAGUGACCCC